GUGGCUGGUACUUUAAAUAUUUCAGCAGUCACAGUGACAUUUCGAAUAUUUUGACUGGGGCAUUUUCGAAAAAACAAAGCUGUGGAAAAAUCGUGUAAAAUAGAGAAAAUAGCCGGAAAAUUGGCCUCAAUUGUAUGUUAAAAUGUCCGCAUGCAGUGCCGCAACUUGGGUGAAAUUCUUUGGAGCUGCUGGAAUCCCCUCAAACGUAUCAGCCUCGUAUGCUCAUGCUUUCGUUGAGAAUCGCAUGCAGAUGAAUAUGCUGAUGGAUCUCAACAAGGAGUAUCUGAGGGAGAUGGGAAUAAUGCCAAUGGGGGACAUUAUAGCCAUUUUACGGCAUGCAAAAAUUGUCCAUGACCAGAAUACCAGGGAGAGAGUUUUGGCCAUGGACAAGGUGCCCGUGGCAGCAGUUUCCGGGAAUCCAGUCAGUUCUAAAAUGAUCAAAUUGCCCCCGAAAAAAGCAUCUCCGGAUUCCAGAGACGCCAAUCAAAUUUCCCUUCCACCCAGUAAACCCCGUCGCGUGCUGCCCGAGCACGAAGGCAAGUACAAAGUCACCCUGCCAUCCGGAACAACGCCACGAAGCAAGGAGAUCCUAUCCAAGAGAGCUCAAUUGUUCCCGGAGAAGAAGGAAAAGGGUGGCAUUUUCGAUCGGAUGGACUUGGAUACUGAUGAUGAGAUGCCCCAAACAGCCACCAAGCGUGACAUUACCUUCAAAGUCGUUGGUCUGGACAAGCCCACUGGCUCCAUAUUUUCUCGUCUGGGCGACAAGAGUCGAACAGAUGGGCGUGUAAUUGAGAGUACUCCUUCCCAUGCGGGAAUACUCAAAAAUAGUCCCACCAAACGCGUGGGAAUUGUAAAGAAGGCUUCAGCUCAUCGAGUAAUUUCCGUGAAGAGAGUUCCUGCUAAAGCUACCACAAUGGUGGCCGAUGAGGUUGAGCAGCAGCAAAAGAUGGAGCUCUGUGAGCCCCAGAAGAGUGUCUCCUUUUCCCAUGAAGAUGAAGUUGUUGAAUUUGCUUCCCGGAGAGCCUCAGUGAAGCCCAAGGGUCGCAUUGGUGGUACACGAUCUGGUGCUACAAGCGUACGUUCUCGUCUGGGACUCAAAACGGGCAGAUCAUCGACAAUUGCAGUACUUCACAAAACUCGCAAGACCAUCAAGAUGAAACCGGGCAUCAUCAAGAGCAAACUCCGAUCGGACGAUAUUGCCAAUCUAAAGACUAUUCCCGUGCACAGUCGUCUGGAUCUGAAGCGGCGCUCAGGAACUCUCACAGCAAAUGCCCUAGCGGCCAGGAUUGGAGAAGUCACUCUCAAUACCAUCCCAACGAGAAGGAAGGACCCCAAGCAGCAAGGAAACAGUGUCUUUCAUCGGCUGGGCUUCUCAGGCAAUGCCAAUCACUGAACAAUUGUAAUUCUCUGUUACUCAUCCGGAAAGUUCGUGUGUCCUGAACUGGCGUCCUCCGCCUGACGCCCGGAAAUAGCAGAUGUUUGUGUAAUUUCCCGUAUUUUAUUCUCGGAGAUUUUCAAUAAAAAUCCCCAUGCUAAAGGA